CAAGUUUGUGCGUUACUGCUGUCAACUUUGAUGAGGCAGAAGAAAUGAGCUGGACGGAAGUGCACGGUGCGUCGGUGAAUUAGAUCCGAGUGGAAACUGCAACUUCGUAAUCAAAUUUCCGCUGCAUGAAGAGCAUUUUGUAAUCAGUAGGCGCUGUUUGAUCAGUAGCACGGUAUCAGGACAUGAGCUUCAGCAGUCCGAGCAGACAGCUGGCAGACGGACUGACUGCACCUCGACUGCUGCUGAUGCCUGUGUUGAGCCGAGAGGUUCAGAUGCGGUGUGUGCGGGUCCUCCGUCUGGAGUAAAGCCUCUCUGACCCAGAACCAGAGGAAGGAGCUCUGAGCCAUGGAUAAACCAGAAAGGUGUGCCUGUCAUGCUGAGGAGUGAGGAGGAGAGCAGCUGAGGAGGAGGAGAUGGGCUGCACCUCUGCCAAGCAGGUGUCUGCCGUGCCCAACGGUGAGGAGAGCCAGAAUAAAGCCUACAGCAACGGGGACCUGCUCUCAGAUGAGUACAAGAUGAAAGGAGUGGAGAAAGUCAAGUACAUCAGUGGAGAGGAGGGAGGAGUGGACGGCCAGGACAGCACAGAGAAAAGUGCUCUCCUCGGUAAAGGUCAACAUAUGGAUGAAACAGGGUCAAAUGGAAAUGAAAAGAUACUGAGCAUCCACUCCUCAGAGAGUCAGCAGGAAUUCUUCAGGAUGUUGGAUGAGAAAAUUGAAAAGGGCCGGGACUACUGUUCAGAGGAGGAGGAGCUGACAUAGCACUGUGGUCAAGUAUCCAUCAGUCCCAAAAUGAGAGGAACUGUCAUUCCAGUGUUAAUGGAUGGACUAUACCAUGUGAUACCAUAUCCAGGGGGGGGGGGACUGCCUUGUUUUUACUGUCCCUUGUAUGUACACGCCUGAGAAGAAUGGAUUACUGACUUCAAUCAAGCACCUUUUUGCCCUUCUGCUCACGACCUGCUCGUCCAGUUCAAAGAUGAUUCAGUAUUCAUAUGUCUUCAAAGCUCUUCAAAAGGAUAGAGAACAUUGAGGUUUACUUUCUUGAUGAAGCCAUUGAAAUCUUGGGAUCUUAAGAGACGUUUGCUUUUCUUUCCCUUCUUGGAUAACUCCUGAAAGGUUAAUAUACAUGGCUGUCACUGAGACUUCCUGCAGACACGUGAAACACAGACUGUUGCAAAUCUAAGUUUCAAACAGCAGAAAUGACCAGUGCUGUUGUGGACACUGAGUCAAUGUGAAAAUAAUGUGUCUAGAGGCGUCAUUUUCAAUACUUCAUCCUUGAAUGCCUCCCUGAAAAGUCAACAGGUUGGAAACUUCCUGCAUUCCAAGCCACAGUAUGAACCUCUUUUCUACAGCACGUUGGCCAGUGCAGUGUGUUCGUCUGUCCAUGUCUGUUUCUGUUAUGACGUAGAGUAUUUAUGUUGAAUAAGGCUCAGGGUUGAAGUGUUGUAAUCUUUGUCCCAUAUAGUCAAGUCCCUGCUCUCAUUAAGACACUGCUGCACCAUUAAAAAAAAGACACACAUGCACUCACACAGCAGGGUUACUGACGUGCCCUGCUUCAGUAUUUGUUCUAUGUUUAACCCAACAGGGUGGACACUGCAACACUACACAUUAGUCUGAUUAUGUAUUUCGCUCACCAGUGUUAUGUUGUGUUCAGUUUCUAUGUUGAAGUUUUUGUUUUUCUAGAAAAAUAAAAAGUGUUUUCAGUAACUUAUCCACACGCUGACACUGUUUUGUUGUACAGCUGAUACAAACAACCUGCAACAUGAAUCUGUAGCUCAGCCAAGUGUGAUAUUAUUCAAAAUAAAUACCAUAUUACCGUG